GUGCAUUGGUCGGUACAUUGGUGGUCGUUCCUUUACAUUUCGCCGAAACCUCUCUCUCUUCUAUUCUCUUUUAUCUCUGUUUUCAGAUAAAAGCGACAAUGAGAAAAUAAUUGAAGGAAAUAUACUACAUUAAAUAAUUUCUUGAUAAUACUUAAUAACAAAUAAUAAUACAAGAAGAAUAAUCAUGAGUGAUAAAACGUUACUCGAUAUUGAUGACACGAUAUUGAGACAAAAUUUAUUAUUAUCCGAAAAUAAACAUGAAUCUGAAAUAGACGAAAUAUUAAAACAAGGGUUUGAAGCAAAACCUAAAUCCAUUAUUAUUCAUCCUUCGCCUGGUGUUUGUAUAAAAACAAAAACAGAUGCGGGUGAAAAAGUGUUUUUAAAUAUAUGUACAACAAAUAAAAUACCUCCACCAGAAGACAUAUCAGAAGAGACGUUAAUUUCUCUUUUAGAUCAAGAAACACCUGCUUAUUCUAUACCAAUGAGCAUUGGCGAAGAGAGAUUAGAACCUGAUAAAGGUGGUACCUUAUGCAUGACUCAUGAUGUUGCGAUAAAUAAGAAUUAUUUUGAAAAAUGUCAAACUCAAAAUUAUUUAUGGUUAUUUACAAUGACCGUUAUAAUAGAAGGUGUAUCGCAUAAAUUUGCUAAAUCUCUGGAUUCCAAAACUUGUAUUAUUCUGAAAAACCGAAAAGUCAUGGGUACGAUUCAACCGCAACGUAUUGAUGAUCGCGAAGCACGUCAAAUAUUACCACAGUCAAAAAAACCAUUAAUUCAAGAAAUAUCAAAUACAUUAAAUACAGAUCGGUCAGUUACUUUGACGCAACUACAAAAUAAUUGCCAAAAACCUGCGACUAACAAUUAUGUAAUAUUAAAAGAAUCAUUGGAAGGAAUAGCAAAACGUUUAAUUGGUUUAUUUCUUAUACCUAAAGGAGUAUCUAGCCAAGAUUUGAAUGUACUUCUUGACGUCGAUCGCAUUAUCGUUACAACAACGAAUGAAAACAAAUUUGCAUAUGAUAUAUGUAUGCCUUACACUAUUAAUUUGAAUGAAACGGAAAGCUUCUUUGAUAAAGAUUUGAGGAUCUUACGAUUAAAUAUGCCAAUUGAAAAUAUAUAGUAGAAAUGGUAAGAUAAAAAAAAACAUUAAGUUCAUAUGCUUAUCCCGCAUUCAUUCAUUUCUACGAUACAAUGGAUUAAUCAUUUAAGUUACUGACAACAACAUUCGUUGAAAUCUAGAUAUCUAAUGAAUAUUUAUCAUGAAGUAAUUUCUUUUUUCUCGAAAUACAAAACGCACACACAAAACUGA